AUGUGUUUGGUGGAGACUGACAGGACGGAAAAGGAAGUGUGGUCUUGUGCUAAGAAUGCUUUUAAACCAGGAAUUCACUCCGAGCCGGCGGGACUGAAAGAACGAAGAAAACAAACUGCCUACCAAACGGACAUAGCCGAGAAGUCCGGGAUGUCCCUCCCACCACACGGAUUAUUUAAAUUAGAAUUACAAUUUUUUGCUUUCGAAAAGGGGAAAGAAGUCGAAAAAAUAUCCGAUGAACCAGCAAAAAUUCCGGAAAGACGGCUGAGUGUUCAUGAAAGAUUAUAUUUACAACCCACCUAUUCUAGUGCAAAUAGAAGUAAAAUAGCAAAAAGUAGUGCCAGCCAAAGAAAGAGAUCGGGAAUUUUUCAUUCUCGUGAUAGUGUUAAAGCCAGAGAAGUUAUAAAAACAGUCUACAAAAAUAGUUCAAAGAAGUUAAAGACAGAGAAAGAAGAUUUAGAAAAAGAACUAAAAAAAGCGACAGAAUACGGAACGAUACUUGUUAAUGAAAAUGUGUCAUUGAAAGGAGAAAAAAACCGACUGGAAAAUGAUAAUAAAAAUUUUACAGAUGAAAUUAUUCAACUUAGGGAAUUAAUUAAUAAUUUAAAUGAAGCCUUGGCGGAAAAAGAUAAUACAAUAGAUAAUUUAAACCGAGAAAAGGGGCGUUUGGAAUUCGAAUUAGAGAGAACAAGACAAAAAAGGGAUGGUUUAAAAAAUUUUGAAGAGGGCGAAAAAAAGGAGUUAAAUUCAAAAAUAGAACAGUUGGAAACAGAAAUAGAAGGAGACAGAAAAAUAUUAGAAGAAACCAGCAACAAAUUAGCCAAAAUUGAGGAGGAUAAUAGAGAGUUAAAAAAGGAAAAUCAAAAAUUACGAGGAACUCCAUCCAGUUCCGCCCGGAUUAAUUUGGAAGUGGAUAAUAUUAAUGAUGAAUUAGCCGAAAUUUAUAAAGUAAUUAUUGAUAACCAUUAUGGGGGUGAUAUUAAGACUGCUGCCGCCACCCCGCCGGAACUAGAACUUAUUUACAAAAUAAGUGGAGAUAAUUUAAAUAAAAUUAAAAAUGCUUUUUUAGUCGAGGAAACGGCCAAAACCCCGGAAGAAAAAACCGAACUGAUUGCCAAUUUACAGAAAUUACCGAACCUCCUCAGCGAAAUUGAGGUUUUAAAAGAGAACUACCGACUUUUAGAAGCCGAAUUAGCCAGCAAGGAGGAGGAAGAAAUGAGUUUUGUGGGAUUAACCCGGGUUCGGUCAGCAAGUUUUUCGGAAACCGAUGGCGAGGAAACAAAAACUCACCUAUUAAAUGAAAAAUCUUUGGUCGAGGAGAGCGAAAUCCUUAAAACCAAAGAUUUACCGGAAAGUGAAGCCGAAGAAGAGGGGGAGCCGGAGAACCCAGUUUCUUCUCCGAUUAUUAAUCCUCAGCAAUUAGAGAAUGAGACAGAAAAGCCAAUAGAAAUUCCUGAGGGUUUCGUUGCUAUGAUUAUUGCUGAAAUUAAUAAUUAUUGGGAUAUCGUCCCGGAGGAAGAGAAAGAGGAAAAAGCAGAAGAAUUAGAAUCCACAGAAUCCGGGGUCAUUCAAAAAGAAGAAACUCGGCUGAGGAAUUUAAUCAAGGAGGAAGCCAAAAAACUUAAAAAUAAUUCGUCAAAAGGACCAGAAACACGGGAAGUAGAUGAAUUUAUUAAGCAGGUAGUAGCGGCGGUCAAAGAAACUACCGAACAACUUAAUCGGAAAGUUGCCAAACCUAAAUUAAAAGUUAAUUCUCCGCUUUCACGAAAACCAAAAAAACAAUGCUCAUUUAUUAUCGAACGCCGUUCUAGCGAACACAGCAGUGAUUUUGCCAGCGACAAUCCCACCCCGGACUCGGCCGUGGUAAAGGAAGAAUACUUUUAUACGCCGACUUCCAUUGAUUACGAGAAAUUAGCCAUGAAAGCAACCCAACUCGAAUUAGAAAACUCUCGAUUAAAGACCAAUUUAGAGCAAGUCCGCGAGGACAACGCUGCUUUAACGAAGGAGAAAAAUGAUUUAAACCAUACGAACACGGAGUUAAAAAAUAAUUUGGCGGAACUUUCUGCCAAAAUAAGCGGGUUGGAGAAGGAGAUUAAGGAGUUAAAUAAGGAUAAAGAGAAAUUAAUGGCUAAUGAUGAUGAGGAAAUUUUGGCGUGGCAAGAAAAAUUAAAGGAGCACGAAACCAUGAUGGCCACGCAGCAAGAAACAAUCACCAGCCAAGCGGCAGAAUUAAAAAAAAUGGAAGAAGAGAAUGAAGCCCUAAAUUGCUUGCUAGUAUUCGAGGAAAAUGAAUAUGAAAGUAAGGGGCAAACUAAAAAAAUUAAAGAGUUAGACCUAAAGGUGGCUGAUUUAGAAAACGAAAAAGAAGAGGCUUGGAAAAAGGUUAAUGAGUUGCAAGCCGAUUAUAUCGCUAAAUCAGAAGAAAAAAUUAUUAACCCAAGGGAACA